AUAAAAUCAGGAAAAAGGACCAUGUUAAAAGAGAGAAGAAAUAAGUUCAUUACUCUCUCUCUCUCUCUCUCUCUCUCUCUCUCUCUCUCAAUCUGAACCAGAGAAUGAAGCUUUGAUUUGAUGGAGGACAAGAAAGCAAACAUAAUAGCUGCUUCAUCAGUCAUCACCCUAAUCAUCUUCAUCAUCGUUGCUCGCGUGUGUCUCAAGCUUUCUAGUACUUUCUUUCUCAUUUGUGGUGCAGGAAUUGCUGUAAUCAUUGCUGUGUUUGCAUGGCUCUUAAUCCGACACCACUACAAUUACAGGCGAAAACAAAUGGAAUCGCAGUACAAAUCCGAAGGCCGUGAGCUAAGGAUAGAGUACAGCUUCCUCCGAAAAGUAGCUGGAGUUCCCACAAAGUUCAGGUACAAUGAGCUAGAAGAAGCCACAGACAACUUCCAGGCAUUGCUUGGCCAAGGGGCUUCUGCGAAAGUGUUCAAAGGGAUUCUCAGUGAUGGCACUCCUGUUGCAGUAAAAAGGCUUGAUGUGGAGGAGCGCGGCGACAGGGAAUUUAGAUCAGAAGUUUCUGCAAUAGCUAGUCUACAACAUGUGAAUCUUGUGAGGCUUCUUGGAUAUUGCUGUGUUAAUCCAGCAGGGCCUCGGUUCCUUGUGUAUGACUUCAUCUCAAAUGGCUCUUUGGAUAGUUGGAUUUUCAAUAGAAAGGUAAGGCCUAAUCCCCGCGGAGGGUGCUUGUCUUGGGAUUUAAGGUACAGGGUUGCUAUUGAUGUUGCCAAGGCACUUUCCUAUUUGCAUCAUGAUUGCAGGAAAAGGAUUUUGCACCUUGAUGUUAAGCCGGAAAAUAUUCUCUUGGAUGAGAAUUUCCGAGGAAUUGUGGCGGAUUUUGGUUUGUCAAAACUAAUGGGAAGAGACGAGAGUAAUGUCAUGACAACAAUAAGGGGCACUAGAGGGUACUUGGCUCCUGAAUGGCUUUUGGAGCACGGAAUUUCAGAGAAAUCGGAUACUUAUAGCUAUGGAAUGGUGCUUCUUGAGAUGAUUGGAGGUAGAAGAAAUGUGAGCUUCAUCGAAAAGGGUACUCAUGGCAAGUCUCAUAGGAAAUGGCAAUACUUUCCCAAAACCGUGAAUGAGAAAAUGAGAGAAGGCAAGCUCAUGGAGAUUGUCGAUCAGAGACUAUUAGAUAGUGGAGGCAUUGAUGAGAGGGAAUUGAAAAGGCUUGUUCAUGUAGCCAUUUGGUGCAUACAAGAGAGGGCUAGUCUUAGGCCUUCAAUGUCUCAUGUGGUUGAAAUGCUUGAAGGGGGUUUGGUUGUGGAGCAGCCUCCUGAUACCCAAAUGACCAUUGUUGAUUUCUUGACAGUAGAUGAAGAAGAGUCCCAGCCACAGAUCAAUGGUCAUCACAGGCCAGACAUUGCUGCUGCCUUGGCAGCUCGUCAAGUAGAUAGCAAUAAUGAAAACUUAUCCGCAGCUUACUCAUAUGCAAAUGCAAUGUCUGCCAUAACACCAAGAUAGCUCAACUCCUUUAUGCCUCUUUUGCUUAAAGAUUGGUUCUUUUAGACCUAUACCAAUUUUUUUUUCCUCCAUGGUAAAUUUUCUGCAGCUUGUAACAUACAUGAGCUUUUGUCUUGUAUACCCAAAAAAACUAAUGAAAUUGAUAUUCUGUAUCUAAUAUGUGAAUUAAAUGUGUGAUCGUAGAAAGUCAGAAACUUUGAAU